AUGGCGUUCUCGCGCGCAACUGCAGUGCUAUCCCAGCUCCUUCUCGCCAGAGCCUUCGAUCAGGCCAUCGUCAGCAGCUUCGCUCCCUACCCGGGCUACGCAGGAGACUUGGCCACAGAGGGCGUCAUGUCGGUCAUCUCCACCAACGACACUCAAAGCCUGUCUUGGAUGCUCUCUGGUGUGGACCCGCGCUGUAACGAGACCUGCACCGCGCCUAACUGCUGUGGUGUUCACAUCCAUGUGGGCAAGACCUGCUCGGAUGCCACCAGCAUCGGAGGGCACUACUGGACCACCGGAGGCACAGAUCCUUGGCUGACGAUCAUGUACAACAGCACCAGCAUGCCGGCCCUUGAGACCGAUCUCGCCGUGGUCACGGGAGCAUCUGGCGAGGAUAUUUCUGGGCGUGCGAUGGUGAUCCAUGACUUCGACGGAAGUCGAAUUGCUUGUGGAAUCAUCGCGAAUGCUUCCGUUGGUGGAUAUGUCGCAUAUCCUGGCUACGACGGCAACCUUGCCACGGCAGGAGUGAUGCAGGUGUAUUCCAAGGAUGUCACACAGAGCCUGACCUGGAUCUUCACAGCUGGCCUGGACACACGCUGCAGCGCCGCCUGCACCGCUGCCAACUGCUGCGGAGUCCACAUCCACGUGGGAACCAACUGCUCGGACAAGGACACCAUCGGGGGCCACUACUGGAAUUCCACUUUCGUGGCCGCAGACCCAUGGGCCAUGAUCAUGUACAACACCUCGCACAUGCCAUCUGUGAUGUCCGACGUGAUGGUGUCGACGGGCUACAUGGAGGACAACAUCGAAGGCCACACCAUGGUCAUCCACGACUUCGACGGUGGCCGAAUUGCGUGCUCCCACAUCACAGAUGUCUUGGAAGGCAUGUGGACCGACAGCACCACCACUUCCACGACCGGCACGUCGGCCAGCUCCGACAUCUCCUUCGCCCACGCCAGCAAGGUUGGCAUUGCAUUCGGAGCGCUGGUCUCAAGCCUGGCUGUCACGCUUACGCGAUUCGGGCCCAGUGCUGCGAGGGCAGCCUCCGAGGUGGAGUUCAUCCAGUUCUGCUUCGACCUCUCCCGUUCUUGCUUAGCACAGGUGCAGCUUCAGCGGCCGCGUUCUACAAGAACUGUCCUGGACCCCAUCACGGGCCUUCCACCGGGGUGGCGUCGGCGCGAGUUCUUCGAGAACGAGCUCGGCGAGAAUGUUGACAGCAUCAAGAAGCUUAUGAAACUCGUGUGUGACAGGACUGGCGAAGACGUGGAGCAGUUGACACAGCAAAGUAUGGCCAUCCGCAAUGCAAGGGCUAGGGCCAGCGAAGAGUCUGGCCCAAAAGCACAGUCCUCGCCGAAUCGAAGCAACGGUAGCGGCGGUAAGCUGGACCCAGAAACCUUUCUGCCGGCCGGAUGGGUGCAAGUGGAGAAAAAGUACAAAACCGGAACAAAGACUGGCAAGACAUACAUCCGCUUCCGGAAGGAACAUGGUGACUCUUCAAACUACUGCACCAUUACCCAGGUUCUGAAACAGCAUCUGGAAGAUACCGGCGAAGACUUGAUGCCGCUGUACCAUGAGCUGAGAGAGCAGAAACUGUCCGAGGACAAGCGCGCAGCAGAAUCGGCGAAGAUCACACCAGAGCAGAAGAGACUCCAACGUGAGCGAUACAUCUCGAAGUUUCGUGCUGCGCAUGGUGCCCUAACUGGAGCAAAGGUCGCCGCUCUGCCGGGUUGGUAUGGCGAGUCCAAAAAGGGUCAAUGUGGUCAACUAAUCGCCACUUACUUCGAUCCGGAAGGCCGUUCCUUUAAGCUUCUCAAAGACAUCGAGGCACACUUCGGGUGUCUCAUGGAAGAGGGCAAGCAGAUUCCCAACUUCUAG